AAAUUCCUUAAAAACAUUUCCUGGAGGCACAGGGUGAAUUGACCUAUUAAGAUACCGUAAAUGCAGCAACUUACUUUGGAAAGGAAUGAGGAAGUUUUGAAACCCUUCAUUUAAAACCCAGAUAAGCCAGAGCUGAAAGAUUUAGAGAGGUACGUGUAUGCCCCCGGCUACGAAGAAAAGUAAGUUAUGGAAGCUGGCCCCAAAAGCAGCAAUGCAGCUAGUGCAAUAAAAGGAAAAGAGGCAGAAUAGUUAAAACUGUAAACGAGGAAAGAGCCAUUUCCUCAAAUUUGAGAGCUUUCCAAGGUUGGAAAGUGAAAUCAAAGUAAUCUCCAUUGUCAUCUUUGGAAACCCAACAAGAGCUGAAGAUGGCCACCCAGCAAAAAGAAGUACCAAAUGCCAUUGGCCUGGAGGAAAUAGGCACUGAGAGGCAAGAACCCAAGAAAGAACAGAAGACAUUUACAGUGGAAGAGGCUGUGGAAACCAUCGGGUUUGGACGGUUUCAUAUAGCGCUUUUCCUGAUCAUGGGCAGUACUGGUGUGGUAGAAGCCAUGGAGAUCAUGCUAAUAGCUGUUGUUUCUCCACUAAUCCGUUGUGAGUGGCAACUUAACGACUGGCAGGUGGCUUUAGUGACAACGAUGGUGUUUUUUGGCUAUAUGAUAUUCAGUAUACUCUUUGGACUCUUAGCUGACAGAUACGGCCGCUGGAAGAUUCUGCUGAUCUCUUUCUUAUGGGGGGCCUAUUUCUCCUUGCUGACAUCAUUUUCCCCAUCGUACAUCUGGUUUGUUUUCCUCCGGGCCAUGGUGGGAUGCGGUGUGUCAGGCCACGCACAAGGACUUAUCAUAAAAACUGAAUUCUUGCCUACAAAAUACCGAGGGUAUAUGUUGCCUUUAUCUCAGGUCUUUUGGUUGGCAGGCUCCUUAUUGAUUAUUGGAUUGGCAUCAGUGGUUAACCCGACCAUAGGCUGGCGCUGGCUGAUUAGAAUCUCCUCUGUUCCAGGCAUCAUUCUCAUCCUGGCAUUUAAGUUCAUUCCAGAGUCUGCUCGGUACAAUGUAUCUACUGGAAAUAACAAAGCAGCCGUUGAAACACUGGAGAAGAUUGCCAAGAUGAACCGCUCGGUAAUGCCAGAAGGGAUCUUGGUGGAGUCUGUUAAUGAAAGAAGAGGUAGUUUCCGCGACCUAUUGGACUCCAAAUACUUACGAACCACUUUGCAAAUAUGGAUCAUAUGGCUUGGAAUAUCUUUUGCUUAUUAUGGUGUCAUCCUGGCCAGUGCUGAGUUACUGGAGCGGGACAUGGUCUGUAGUUUGCAGACAGCAGCUGCGAAGGAGUUGGGGAAUGAUUCAGAGGAAAGUCGCAGCCCAUGUCACUGUCGCUUAUUUGCCCCUUCGGAUUACUGGAUCAUGAUCAUCAGCACAAUUGGAGAGAUUGCAUUAAAUCCCUUAAACAUUCUAGGCAUCAAUUUUCUAGGAAGACGACUGAGCCUGUCUAUAACAAUGGGAUGCACUGCACUAUUUUUCCUCUUCCUUAAUAUCUGCACUACAAGUAAGGGUCUGAUCGGUUUUCUCUUCAUGCUGCGUGCCUUGGUAGCAGCAAACUUCAACACCAUCUACAUUUACACAGCAGAGGUUUACCCUACCACAAUGCGAGCUCUGGGGAUGGGGACAAGUGGUUCACUAUGUCGGAUUGGAGCUAUGGUGGCACCAUUUAUAGCACAAGUUCUCAUGAGUGCUUCCUUCCUUGGGGCCUUGUGCCUUUUCUCAGGCGUGUGUGUGGUGUGUGCCAUCUCUGCCUUCACUCUGCCCAUAGAGACCAAAGGAAGAGCGCUCCAGCAAACGAAAUGAAUGAAGACACUCAAAGUUGGCUCCUGUGUGAGAGAAAAAGGAACCCUUUGAAUAUUUUCUCAGGUGCAGUUGAGCUGCUUUCUAUUGAUUGCUUCUUGAUGCCAUUUCUGGAAAGAAGAGGCAUAAAUAAUCAUAGUUGAAGAGCACGCAAGCUACAGGAUGCAUUUGGAAAAACUGCUGUUUGCAUGGUCUUUCCUGUGAUUCAAUAAAUAGCUCUCUCCCCAA